AUAAGCAGUGUUUUUUAGACCAGUAAGAUAACUGUGAACACAUUUCCAUGAGUGAGAGUUUGGCUGAGGGGUCUGUGCCAAACUGCACCACCUGUUUUUGACAGUCACAUUUUGAGGGAUGCAGUGGCUACAGCAAAGGCAGCAGACAGCGGCGUGGUUUAGUUUUAGGGGAGUAAAAGAAUAGUUUACAGCCUGCGCACUUCAAAAUGAGUGACAGAAAACGAGUCCCUGAGGUGAGACGCGGUGCACAAGAGUCUGAGCAGAAAAAUGUCAGCGACACAGACCCAGAAGAGGAGAAGUGCUCAUGUGCGACAGAGGAUUCAGACGGGACCUGGAAGAUCUCGUCUCUGCAGGAGCUGGAGGAUGUUUUACAUUCAGCUCCGCGCUCCUGUCGACACUGUGAUGAGGUGUGGCCGAACCUGUAUCUGGGAGACAUGUUUAUGUCUCAUGACAAGCUUGGGCUUUGGCAGCUGGGCAUCACUCAUGUGCUGAAUGCAGCACAUGGAAAACUGUGCUGUAAGGGCAGUGACGAUUUUUAUGGAACCACAGUGAAAUACUACGGCGUCCCGGCCAACGACCUGCCAACAUUUGACCUUUCACCUUUCUUCUACCCUGCUGCUGAGUUCAUUCACCAGGCUUUGACCACAGGAGGAAAGGUUUUUGUGCACUGUGCUGUGGGUGUGAGUCGCUCGGCUGCGUUGGUCCUGGCCUACCUCAUGAUACAUCACCGCCUCAGUCUUCUGUCUUCUGCACGCUGUGUGCAACAGAAACGCUGGAUUUUCCCAAACAGAGGCUUCCUGCGACAGCUUAUAGUUCUGGACCAAAAACUGCGGGACAAAGAGUUGAAAGAGCCAAAAUAUGUAAUCCUACAGAAUCAAUCUACUGAGCUGUCCUCCCUUAGUUGGCAGAAGUCAGUGUCUUCAUUUACAGCAUGCAAGACUGUCUCAAUUUGUACCAUUCUGCAUGUAUACAGUAAACAGUGUGUUCAUCCCUCCCCUCCCUUGUCCUCUCCUGUUGUGACCUCAGAGGGGACACAGAGAGUCCCAGAUCUUUGGCAUCAGUGAACAGACCA